AUGAAAACUGAACAACGUCAGAUGGUCGGUCACUUUGAUGAAGUUCACGGAACUUGUUGCUACUAUGCUCCUGGAGGAAGACUUUUGAAGGGUGUUGCAGAGUUGGAAAAGUUUGAAAAGGCAACGACGCCAUGUGAUGGAGCAAUCGCUGAGAGUCGGGAAGGGUUCAAGAGUUGGCUGUUCGGUGCUGAACUCGAGGCAUCUGUGGACGCUCUUCGAGAACGACCGACACUUCAGCCACUUGGCGGAUUUCGAGCGAGAAAUGGCGUACAGGACGGAAAUGGGAAUUAUUCGAAAACUUCGGAAUCUUACUUUCUUCGAAAAGAGGGUAUCAUUCACUGGACUAUUUGUUCAAUUAAAAACAUCUUUCUGGAUUUGUUGGAGGUGUCAACUGAUGAGUCACGACGCCUCUUUGUCAUUCAAGGUCUCUACUUCUCCUACUACAAGACAAUCAUCAACGCCGAGUCGUACUACACCGGUUUGCAGCAGAUCACCAACGACAAUCUGACCGAGUACGGGCACACCAUCAACACCCUGAAGAGAUUCAAUCUCUAUCCAGAGGUCUUGCUCUCGUUCGCUUAUCGACAGUUCAAGCGCAUUACAAACACGCUUGGUUGGAAGCUCGAACGUUGUUGGACGAUUAACCGAGGUGAUUUGGCACCUGUGGAGAGCUGUGAGGGCAUCGGCAACUCACACUAUUUCUACAUAAGACAUGUGUUCGCUCUGGCAGGCACUACAGCUGGAUGGCUGUUCCUCCUGGGUCUACUGGUGAGGUGA